UACUAUGAACCCACCAUUACCUAUACUCAAAUUUGUCCCCUUCUCUCUCUUCUUUUUUCUCUCACUAGUUUAAUAAUUCUGCAACAACUCGAAUCCAAAUAAAUAUCUUAUCUCCAAUUUAAUCUCACGCCAUAACUGAUUCCCAAUAUCAAAUCCUCGCAACAAACCAGCUAGGGUUUUUCGAUAGAGAAUAGUAUGAAGGACCAGAAUUUGGACCUAUUCGACCCGAGAACGGCUGUAAUGGACCCCGAAUUCUCCCCAACCCGUACCCGGGAACCCGAUUUCGCUUUUGCCUUCAACGAUAGCAACUUCUCCGACCGUGUCCUCCGGAUCGAGAUCGUCGGCGACUCGCUCGACGGCGACGGCACUUCUGAUUCUCACGGCUGCCACAGCCUUGCUGAUUGGGCGCGUAAUCGCAAGCGCCGCCGUGAAGAUUUCAAAAAGGAAAAUGACAUGUGCCACUCGUUUGCAGCUUUGGAUAUCACAGCAUGCCCUGAAGAGCAGAUAAUAAGCUGUAACCAAAUUGAUAGUGAAGAUGCUGAUAAUGAAAAUCAAGACGAAUCAGUUGUUGCAAUGAUUGAAGAGCCAAACUCAGGAGAUGAAGCUGCUAAUAGCGACGAUUCAACUUGGAACUGUGAUUCUCCAAGAGUUAUAAAAGUUAAAACAUUACACAUUAGCUCCCCCAUUUUAGCAGCAAAGAGUCCAUUUUUCUACAAGCUCUUUUCGAAUGGGAUGAGAGAGUCUGAGCAAAGACAAGUAACUCUGCGGAUUAAUGCUUCAGAGGAAGCUGCAUUGAUGGAGCUCCUGAAUUUCAUGUAUAGCAAUACAUUAACUACAAGUACAGCUCCUGCUUUGCUGGAUGUACUCAUGGCUGCUGACAAAUUUGAGGUUGCUUCUUGCAUGCGGUAUUGCAGCCGGCUAUUACGCAAUUUGCCUAUGACUCCGGAGUCGGCGUUGCUGUAUUUGGAGCUUCCUUCUAGUGUCCUGAUGGCUGAAGCAGUUCAGCCAUUGACCGAUACAGCAAAACAAUUCCUAGCUGCAAGAUACAAAGAUAUAACCAAGUUUCAAGAUGAGGUCAUGAAGUUACCUCUUACUGGUAUUGAGGCAAUUUUGUCUAGUGAUGACCUCCAGGUGGCAUCAGAAGAUGCCGUAUAUGACUUUGUCUUGAAGUGGACAAGGGCUCAUUUUCCCCAGAUAGACGAACGGCGAGACAUUCUUAGUUCAAGACUUGGGCAUUGCAUCCGUUUUCCUUUCAUGAGCUGCCGAAAGCUUCGGAAGGUUCUCACAUGUAAUGACUUCGAACAUGAGUUUUCAUCCAAGCUUGUGCUUGAGGCCCUCUUUUUUAAAGCUGAGGCCCCUCACCGUCAGCGAACUCAAGCUGCAGAAGAAUCAGCUUCGUCUAGUCGUCGUUUUGUGGAGCGUGCAUACAAGUAUCGGCCUGUUAAGGUGGUUGAGUUUGAACUUCCACGGCAACAAUGUAUAGUCUACUUGGAUCUUAAGCGGGACGAAUGUGCUAAUCUGUUUCCAUCUGGGAGAGUAUAUUCUCAAGCUUUUCAUUUGGGUGGGCAAGGGUUUUUCCUAUCCGCACAUUGCAACAUGGAUCAGCAAAGCUCUUUCCAUUGUUUUGGUCUCUUUCUUGGAAUGCAGGAAAAGGGUUCAGUUUCAUUUGCAGUCGAUUAUGAAUUUGCUGCAAGGACAAAACCAGCAGAGGAGUAUGUCAGCAAAUACAAAGGGAACUACACUUUUACUGGGGGUAAGGCAGUUGGCUACCGCAACUUAUUUGCCAUACCCUGGACUUCUUUCAUGGCUGAGGACAGUCUCUAUUUUAUUAACGGUGUACUCCAUCUCAGGGCUGAACUUACUAUCAGGCACUGAUUUUCUUAUCUCCACGAUGUGAAUUAAUGCUGUUGUUUUGCUUAUUAGCUGAGCCGAAGUCCCAAUCUUUCUUGGCUUUGAACAAGCAAAGAAGAAAGAUUUAGGUGUCAGUACUAACUGUCAUAGGUAUUGAAACAUUUUGUAAUCCUUUUGACCAUAGUUCAUCCUUGUGCUCUCAAAACAUGAGAGAGGAUGUAAAUGGAAUUCAGAGAGAGAGAUAUUGGUUGUUCUAACCUGUUCAAAUGCAAUGGAAGUUCGGAGGUUCUUUUGAACAUUGUGAACAGGUUAUUUAACUUUCUUAUGCCCCGGUAGAAAAUGUAUAAUUUAUGUGUAGCUAUGAGAGUAUCAGCAUUGUAGCAAAAUCCUUCUACUGACUAAUGUUAUUCCUUCUUAGCAGUAUGCACGAGGCAACGGCAGUGAAUAAACUGAGUUGUGUGGUAUGGUAAAUGUUGUGGUUGCUAA